AUAGGACUCGUUGCAUGGGUGAGUGUUUGGGAGUGACAUCACACAUGUGACAGCGAUAGGUGUGUGUUGUCAGCAUCCAACACAACUUUAAGCACAGUCGCACUCUCGAGUUAUCCUAGCAGUGGAUUUAUCUUCUCAGAAUGGCCGACAAAUAUGGGACCAACAAGGCUGUGUUGGCCAAGUUCCUGGAUCUGGAACAACCUGCUGACUUGGUCCAGGCGGAGUACAUCUGGAUAGACGGGACAGGGGAGGGCAUCAGGACCAAGUGCAGGACCCUCGAUUCAGAACCCAAGUGCCCGGAAGACUGCCCAAUCUGGAACUACGAUGGCUCCAGCACCUACCAAGCUGAAGGCUCGAACUCCGACAUGUACGUCAAGCCAGUGGCGCUGUUCAGGGACCCCUUCCGCCGCGGCAAGAACAAGCUGGUGUUAUGCGACGUGUACAAGUAUAACAUGCUGCCUGCUGAAACAAACCGUCGUCAUUCCUGUCUUGCCGUCAUGGAGAAGGCGAAGUCCUCGCACCCUUGGUUCGGCAUUGAGCAGGAAUAUACGCUACUGGACACAGAUGGACAUCCGUUUGGCUGGCCGAAGAAUGGAUUCCCUGGACCCCAGGGUCCCUACUACUGCGGCGUGGGCUGCGACAAGGUGUACGGCCGCGAUAUCGUCGAGGCUCACUACAGGGCGUGUCUGUAUGCGGGGAUAGACAUUGCCGGUUGUAACGCCGAGGUCAUGCCAGCCCAGUGGGAGUUCCAAGUCGGACCCACUGAAGGUAUCGCCAUGGGUGACCAUCUCUGGGUGGCCAGGUACCUCCUCCACAGAGUGGCGGAAGAGUUCGGAAUCGUUGUGACCUUUGACCCUAAGCCAAUGAGCGGCGACUGGAACGGUGCAGGCGCUCACACCAACUACAGCACGAAGGCAAUGAGAGAAGAUGGAGGCAUUCAAGCUAUUGAGGAAGCCAUCGACAAACUCUCAAAGAAACACGUCCGCCACAUAAAGGCCUAUGACCCAAAGGAAGGCAAGGACAACGAGAGACGUCUCACGGGACACCACGAGACUUCAUCCAUUCACGACUUCUCGGCAGGUGUCGCUAACCGAGGAGCAAGUAUCCGUAUUCCCCGCCAGGUGGCGGAAGACAAAAAGGGUUACCUCGAAGACAGACGCCCAUCGUCCAACUGUGACCCCUACUCCGUCACUGAGGUCAUCGUUAGAACAACAGUGUUGGACGAGUGAUAGUGGACCUGAUAUCGUCAUCUGACAGCACCUUUAGACUAGAGACUAUUCCCUUUUUAAAAAUAUAUGUAGCCUUUCUUUAAUUUUCCUUUAAAUAUUAAGGCGUAGAACAAGUGGUUAGAAAACGGAGGUGUUGGGUGACAAUGUACGUUCCUGAAGCCCUGCAGUUAUAUGUUAGGCGUGGGUUCGAAUCCUAAUUCGCCGAGAUUAUAAUCCUUUGUUUGUCGACAUCCAACUCUCAUGGGUUUCAGUAAGUGAUAAACGUUAAAACGUCUACAUCGCUUAGAGCUCUUGUCUCAUUGAGAUGGUUCAUCGCGAUAAAGCUGAAAUGCUGUUCAACGGGUGACACCAAACUCUCACUUGAGUGUAGUAGGUGGUUGUCAACAUUAGAUUAACAUUUAUAUGUUGUUUCUUUGAUAAUUCAUAUUUAAAUUCAGACAUGCGUCAUUUUAUGUAUAUCGAUCUGUCCUUGAAAACGUGGAACACAUUGUUCUGUCCACACUGAAACAAUGCACUAUCCGCUCAAACUUGAUAUUUCAUGCAUCAUCUUAUUCAGUCGCGUUAUAUUACUUUAAAAGCUUUGAGUUCGAUAUAGCUGCCAAUUGAGACUGACGUCACAGGUGACCUUGAACUGCACGUCAAGAUUUUGACUUCAGGAGACCAAAACAAUAUCCUGUUUUUUCACAUGAUCGGACUCAUUGAUCUCUCAAACCCGGUUUGGGCUUUCCUUUCACAUUAAGUCUUCAUGAAACUGUAAUACUUUUCAAAGGUCAUCCGUCUUACAUCCGGGGCAAAACAUUAACCAUCAUGGCGCCAGGCUUGCAGAUGAGGUUUAAUGUUGAUGUAGAUAUCGUAACAAUAUACGGUAAUUGUCAUGUGUCUUUUUGAAUAUGUCGUGUCUAUGCAAGUAGAAUAACACAGGUUUACAGAACGACAACAAAACACCUAAUCUGCCAUAGUUUUUACCGCAAUGUACAUAUUAUGUUACAUGAUGAAUGAUAUAUGUUCCCGAGACCCGGUUAAAUGUCUCGAUGUUUAUAGACUGAUAUAUCUGUCCUCAUAUUUUAGACACGUUAUAUGAAAUAUAUGUUUAAAAAAAAUAAACUAUUUUAACAUGGUGAAGUCUUAUUAAAUUUGAACUAAUUA